AUUGAUAAUUACAUACAUUCGUCGAACUCGACCCUGAAUCCAACACCGCUGUAAGCUCGGAAGGCCCGCCAAACCCUCCCGCCAUCCAAACAACGAAGAAAUGGCCGCGCAGCCUCAGCAGGCGCCCACAGAUGUUUACGGCUUCCGCGUUGAGCUGCCUGGACCUCAGCAGCUGAUUGACAUGCAGCGGCAGCGCACGUUGUACGCCCUGCACGAGAAGUCGUGGGCCAAGUACGUGGAGAAGCACAAGCUGCCCUCCGGCUCUACCCUCAAGCGCCUGGUCCGCGAGGGCAUUCCCCCGCAGCUCCGCAGCUGGGUUUGGAUGGAGACGUCGGGGGCCAGGGAGAUGCGGGCGGCGCAGACGCCGUCGUACUACAGCAACCUGCUUCGGGCGCAGGCGCUGUCGAAAUCCACGGCGCAGGUCGAGCUGGACCUGCCACGCACCUUCCCCAACCACCCCUUUCUGGCUGCUGAGGAGGGCCGCGCCGCAAUGAGGCGCAUCCUCACCGCAUACUCGGUCCACAACGCUAACGUCGGCUACUGCCAGGGCCUCAACUUCACAGUGGGCGUGGUGCUGGUGGCUGUGGGGCGGGACGAGGAGGCGGCCUUCUGGCUGCUGGCGGCGCUGGUGGAGCGCAUCUGCUUUCCCGGCUCCUUCGGACACACCCUCAGCGGCUGCCACGUGGAGAUGCGCACGCUGCAGGAGCUGGUGGGCGAGAAGCUGCCGCGGCUGCACGCGCACAUGGCCCGACUGGGCUGUGACACCUCCCUCAUCGCCACUGACUGGUUCCUGACCCUGUACUGCUCCAGCAUGCCGCCCGAGUCCGCCGCCCGCGUGCUGGAUGCGCUGUUCCACGAGGGAGCCAAGAUAUUGUUCCGGGUGGCUCUGGCCCUGCUCAAGAGCGCUGAAGCGGCACUGCUGAAGACUGACAACGCGGGCGACUUCAUGCGUGUGGUCAAGGACUGGGUGACCCACCUGUACAACAUCGACCAGCUCAUGGAGGUGGCCUUUGACGGCAUCGGCAGUCUGUCGCUGGCGACUGUGGACGCCGUGCGCAAGCACAAGGAGGCGGAGGUCAAGGAGUUCAUGCAGCAGCGCGCGCAGCAGCGCGCUCAAGUGCGCACACAGCAAAGUCGCCCAGGCACGUGAGAGCGUGACACAUCGUCUGC